AUGCUGCAUACGGCAACACCUGUAGAACGAGGGUACGUAUUUCCAUCUCCAACUCCCGUGCAAAGGGUCAACGGAAAGUGGCGAUCUGUGGAGAUUGUGACGUGUGUAACAGGUGGCAAAGAUGUGGUUGUGGCAGACUUUCCGAUGUACAGGCUUUUUCGUGCAACAACGCCACUGCAAACUUUGCACAAUGUUUGUGAAGACAUCAAGUGGAAGGGCAUUGACGAUCGUCUCCUCAAGUACGAAGAGUUCUUCCGUGAGACUUCGCAGAAAUCUCGAAGCAAGGAUGUGCUUUACCUUGUCGUGGACGGCCUGGAUUUGUUCUUCAACGACGUAAGCGAGGUAUCAGCCUCACCCGCCAAAGAAAACCUGGCUGACAUAACUUCAAGGGUGAUUGCGGAGCGGUAUGAGGCCCUUGCAAGUGGUCCACCCCGACGGGAUAUCGUAAUGUCUACUGAGCGAUUGUGUGGCUGGGGCGGCGCCAAAUUCUGCUCUCCGGAGGACGAAGCAAGAUAUCCAGAGGCGCCUACAGAUUCUAAGUACCUCAACGCCGGUGGAUACAUCGGACCAGCAGAGGCUCUUAGCGAGAUGAUCUCAGCAGUUCUGCAAAUGAAACGAACUGCAACUGGAGAGCACAAAGAGAAAGGACGGAUGUCAGACCAGUAUUUCUUUAAGCUGUACUUCUGGGAUCAUCAGGACCGCAUUGCCCUGGACUACCACCAGUCAAUUUUCGGGAACUUUCUCGAGAUCUCCAAUCGACCAUGUGAAAGUGACUUUGCCCCGAUGUGUGCAGUAAAGCCUUGCUGCACAGAGAGCGACAAUUUCCGCAGGUUUCAUCAAAUAUUCUUCAGCCGCUACAAGGUAAAAGGCUGUGCAGUUUGGCGGAAGAACAACCUGCCUAUUUCCUGGCAUGGCAAUGGAGCUGGCAAGUGGCUCUACCUUCUGGCCCUCGAUCAGCUAUCCGUUCGCUGUGGCCCUGCGGCGAACGUCACCAGGGAACAAAUGCCACAGGACAUAAUGGCAGAAUCUCUGGUGGCAUCCAGUGUAGGCCCGGAGUGA